AGAAUCCCCGUUGCCAUGGCUCCCGGAUGGCAUCCAAGCGUCCAAGCGCGGAGGCGCGGCUGUGAGGGCGGAAGGGAAUCCUGCGGGUGCCUGGAUUUCCCUGACCGGUGAUCCAGAAAAGCGCCAUGGGCCUGAUCACUGAAGAUCUUAUUAGACGUAAUGCUGAGCACAACGAAUGUGUCAUUUUUUCCCUGGAGGAACUCUCCUUGCAUCAGCAGGAAAUAGAAAGACUGGAGCAUAUUGACAAAUGGUGCCGAGAUUUAAAAAUUCUCUACCUUCAAAAUAACCUCAUUGGAAAAAUUGAAAAUGUUGGCAAACUCAAGAAACUUGAAUAUUUGAAUUUAGCACUAAACAACAUUGAAAGGAUUGAAAAUUUGGAAGGAUGUGAAUGGCUGACAAAACUUGACUUGACUGUAAAUUUCAUUGGUGAGCUCAGCAGCGUCAAAACCCUGAAACACAACAUCCACCUGAAGGAGCUCUUCCUCAUGGGCAACCCGUGUGCUGACUUUGAUGGCUACAGGCAGUUCGUGGUGGUGACCUUACAACAGCUAAAGUGGUUGGAUGGCAAAGAAAUAGAACGGUCUGAAAGGAUCCAGGCAUUGCAGAACUACCCAGCCGUUGAACAGCAAAUCAGAGAGCAGGAGAAAGCUUACUGCCUUAGACGGGCCAAAGAGAAAGAGGAGGCUCGGAGGAAACUCGAGGAAGAAGAUGAGAGCAAGAAGAACAGCCUCCCAGGCUCUGACGGGCGUUGGUACACAGACACUCACGCUGCUUGUCCAUCUUCCGUGGAGAACAAAGACCACCUCCAGGUACCAGAAACACAAGAAGAGGGACGUGGCGGGAAGAAAUCAGAUGAAAGCGAAGAGGACAUGGCAUUCUGGAACAAACCCUCCUUGUUCACUCCCGAAUCUAGAUUGGAAACUCUUAGACACAUGGAGAAACAGCGUAAAGCCCAAGAAAAACAAAGUGGAAAUAAGAAGGAAGCGAAGCCGCCCCGGACGCUGGUCACUAAAGAUGGGAAGGUGCUGAAUGUCAACGAAGCCAAACUUGAUUUCUCUUUGAAAGAUGAUGAGAAACACAACCAGAUCAUCCUGGACCUGGCCGUCUAUAGGUACAUGGAUACUUCCUUGAUUGAGGUUGAUGUACAACCAACUUAUGUUCGAGUAACGGUCAAAGGAAAGCCAUUUCAGCUCGCCCUCUCUGCGGAGGUGCAGCCCGACAUUAGCUCUGCCAAACGGUCUCAGACAACAGGACACCUGCUCAUCUGCAUGCCCAAGGUAGGAGAAGUGAUCACAGGAGGUCAACGGACACCCGUGUCUGUGAAAAGCACCCGGGACCACAGCAAAGAGCAAACAAGCCACAGAAGAAAGCAGACAGAAAGGUUAGAAGUCGAUCCCAGCAAGCAUUCCUUCCCUGAUGUGACUACUAUAGUUCAGGAGAGAAAACGGAAACCUAAAAGAAUGGACUCUCAACCCCAAACUGCACCCUGUGAGGAAGAUCCCGACUUUGGUGACCACCCAGAAGUGCCUCCGCUAAUUUGAAACCUGAGGCUCUGCGGUCAUUGACUGCGACCCAGUCGUCCCGUGUCAACAAUGGAUGUGUCACUCACGGGGCAAACAUAGUUCAUUAUCAUUUUCUCUGGUGUUGUAUUUCCUACUUUGCAUAGUAAUAUUCUUAAGUGAGUUAAAAUUAAAUUGCAUGCUUUAAA